AUGGCACAAUUCACAAAAAUUCAACAACUUUUACAACAGCUCGAGAUAAGCUUUGAUGCAAAUAACUUUCAUGCUUUAUUCUCUCAUAUUGUUCGCAACCACGAAAACUUUGAUAAAGAUGAUUGGAAAAGUUUAAUUCAAUUUAACGAAAAUUGGGAAGCCCUUGGUUUCAAAAAAGCUAAAGAAAUUUAUUCUUCUAUGAAUAAAAAUAAAGGGCUCCAGAAUACCAAGUUAUCUACUAAAGGUUUUUCUAAUGAAUCCGAAAAGAAGCAAGCAAAACUGCAUCCUCAAUACAAGCAUAAUGAGAUGAAUCAUUCUAAUUCAAUAAGUCAAUGGGAAUCCGAAAAAAAGCAAGCAAAACCACGUAUCCAAUACAAGCAUAAUGAGAUGAAUCAUUCUAAUGCAAUAUGCCUAUGGGAAUCCGAAAAAAAGCAAGCAAAACCACAUCCUCAAUAUAAAGAUAAUGAGAUGAAUCAUUCUAAUUCUAUAAGUCAAUGGGAAUUUGAAAAAAAGCAUGCAAAACCACGUAUCCAAUACAAGCACAAUGAGAUGAAUCAUUCUAAUUCAAUUAGUCAAUGGGAAUCCGAAAAGAAGCAAGCAAAACCACAUCUCCAAUACAAGCAUAAUGAGAUGAAUCAUUCUAAUUCAAUUAGUCAAUGGGAAUCCGAAAAGAAGCAAGCAAAACCACGUCUCCAAUACAAGCAUAAUGAGAUGAAUCAUUCUAAUUCAAUAAGUCAAUGGAAAUGUCAUGAUUGUGGUUUCUAUCCAAACCGUGUAUGGCGUGUCAGGUGCUAUAAGUGUAAUGUAUUCAGGUCAGACCUAAACAUUGAAACCUUUGAUCCUUAUAAAAUGCCGUCUAUGGCAAUAAGUGAAAAUGAUAAAUAUCUUUUGCGAACUGAAAUCAUCCGGGCGAAGGGUGAUAAAGCAGAAGAAGAAGUCAAAAGGCUAGGUUAUAAAUAUCUUGAUUGGCAAAAUUACUGGAAAAAAAUUCCCAAUGAAGUGGUAAAUUGCAAAAAACUUGAUCAUAAAGCACAGGAAAGUUUGUACAGUGAAACUAGACAUAAAAGUCUUGCAUGGUGUGAUACUUGUAAAUAUUACUAUCAUUUUGAUUGGAGCGGUUAUGAUUAA